AUGAAACGACCGACGUUUUCUAUCUAUGGAAGAAGAAAGCUCGAGCGAUAUGCCAUUGCGCUAAUCUCGAUCUACUGCUGCUUCAAAAUCUUCGACGGACUCCUUUCAUCGCCCGGAUCCCAGCGAUUACAACAUGCGUUUCCGAGAAAGUCAUACGUCCAGCUCGAACGCCAGCAGGCCGUCAAGAAGGAGUUCCUUCACGCAUGGGAUGGGUACCGGGACCACUCAUGGAUGGCAGAUGGACUUAUGCCGUUGAGUGGCGGCUCUCGCACCCAGUUCUGCUCUUGGUCCGCAACGCUGGUGGACGCGCUGGAUACGCUCUUGAUCAUGGAUUUGAAGGAAGAAUUUGACUAUGCCGUCAACGCUACCAUGACCAUCCAUUUCCGCGAAAACGCCAACCAAUGCGAAGUCAGCUUGUUCGAGUCCACGAUCCGAUAUCUGGGAGGACUGUUAGGAGCGUACGACCUCAGCCACGAGCCAAGACUCCUCCCGAAACUGGUCGAAGUGGGUGAUAUGUUGCAUGGUGCCUUCGCGACUACCAAUGAUAUGCCGUGUAGCUUCUGCCACUUGGCAGAUGUCGGCGAAGUCUUCACGCCGUCCAACAGCAUUUCCAUGGCGGACAUCGGAAGCUUGUACUUGGAAUUCUCGCGCCUGUCACAACUCACUGGCGAUGCAAAAUACCAACAAAGCGUGGAGAAAGUGCUCAAUGUGUUCGCCGAGACACAAAAUGACUCGACAAUACCCGGACUCUGGCCCGAGAUCGUUGAUGCGUCCUCGGUAUCGACAAGCGCCACACCCGAAGAGCGUAUGUUCGCUCGGGCGUCAUCUCAGUACAGUCUCGGCGCCCUCUCCGACUCGUCCUACGAGUAUCUUGUUAAGGGUCACCUAAUGCUCGGGAACAUCAACACCCUCUACGCUCAACUCUGGAAGCCUGCCGCCGAGAAGAUCAAGGACUUCAUGCUCUUCCGCUCGCACAUCCCAGGUGCCGAAACCAACAAAGCACUCUUCUCCGGCAUCAUCUCCCGCGUCCCCGGAAACGAUCAAAUCGAACUCGAACCCCGAGCGCAACACCUGGGAUGCUUUGCAGGCGGCAUGUUUGCCAUGUCCUCCAAGCUCUUCGACGCACCCGAGGAGUUCGAAAUCGGAAAGCAGCUCACCCAGGGCUGCGUUUGGGCCUACGACCACUCUCCUACAGGGAUCAUGCCAGAAACGUUCUCGCUCCUCCCAUGCGACGACCUCGACACCGGCGGCCAGUGCCCCUGGAACGAAACGCUUUGGCGGCUAGCGCACGACGAAUGCGUCUUCUACGAGCAGUGCACCGACCCUAACGUCCCACUAGGUUACAUGAAAGUCGGCGAUCCCAAAUACAUCCUCCGACCCGAGGCGAUCGAGUCCGUCUUUAUCAUGUGGCGCAUGACAGGCGACGAGUACUGGCGGGAUGUCGGGUGGAAGAUGUUCCAGACGAUUAUCCACCAUACGAGGACACCGUUCGGGCAUUCUGCGUUGAGUUCGGUGAUGUAUCAGUGGGAUACAGAGGUGGUUGAGCAGGGUGUGAAGACGAUGGUGCAGAGGGCGGGGCAGACGGAUGAUAUGGAGAGCUUUUGGUUCGCGGAGACGCUCAAGUAUUUUUACUUGUUGUUUAGUGAUGUGGACUUGAUUAGUUUGGAUGAGUUUGUGCUGAACACUGAGGCACACGCGAUAAGGCUUGUGGAUGGGAUUAGGGGAUUUGGUGGGAGAUGA